AAUACAGCUUGUAAAGCAGAAAGAUGACCCUUGUAAACAUUUUAUAUUGACUGCAAUGGAAGAAACUGAAGAUAUGUUGCAAGACAUUUCAUUGAUGCAACCUGAUAUGAUUUAUCUCAUGGAGAAGCAGCCACAUGACCGAGAGUCUCAAGAAUACAAUAAAUGGACAGUUGAUGUAAUGAGAGCUGCACUUUUGAAGGUGGAUGACUAUGAUGUGUCCAGAGAUAUAAGUAGUUGUGCAAAAUACUUGAAUACUUACAACUCGGCCCUAGAGGUAAACACACUUUUACUUUCGAGAGAUGUCAUUAAAUAUUUGGCUGAAAAACACAGACUUGAAGGGGAAAACAAAGAAACACUAACUGAGAUGGAAAGGGAGCUAUUCAAAAAUCUACAAAAUUUGCAGAAAACAAUAAACGUUAAAGGGAAAAACACAGAUAAUCCAAAUAUGCGGAUUUUGAGCGACACCUUACGUAAGAUGAUGAUAGAAAAAGGAGACGAUUCAAGGGCCAUGGUUUUUGUGAAGACAAGAGCUACUUGCAGAUCUCUUGCGGAAUUUUUGGACAGGGAUCUCCAGAGUAGUGGAGUAAAAGCGAGUCCAUUAUAUGGAAAGGAAAAUCGUGGUGGAGAUGACGGAAUGACAGAAAGUCAACAAACAGAGAUAUUAGACAAGUUUCGCAGUGGAUUCUUCAAAGUACUAGUAUGCACAUCUGUUGGGAAUGAGGGUAUAGAUGUUCCCGAUUGUAAUAUUGUUCUUAGUUACGAGUAUUCCGGAGAUGAAAUAACAAAAAUACAAAUGAAAGGUCGUUCUCGUAAGAAAAAAGCGACAACAAUCACUAUGGGAAGUGAUAUAGUAGUAGAGCAAGAAAUGAUCAAUACAUACAAAGCUGCAAUGAUGUAUAGGGCCAUGAAUAUUGUAAAACAGUUGGAUCCAAAAUAUAUCAAUAUGAAAGUCAAUGCCUUCCAAAGUGAAGAAACACAUAAAUACAGAUUUAAAGCGGCAGUUGAGAAAUUGAAAAAGGGAAGGAAGUCUGAUGAAGAUUACGAGAUUUUAUGUGGAAGAUGCAACACUUUUGCUUGUUAUGUCUCUGAUGUAUGGCAGCUUGGACAUGAUCAUAUCGUAAUUGAUAAAGAUUUCGCUGACAAGAUUACAAGAAAGGAACACAAGAAACCGAAUACCUAUGACGGACUACACAAUAAAUACAAGAUGUAUUGCAGGAAAUGCCGAAUAGACUGGGGCAACAUUGGACUAAGAGAUGGUUUAGAAUGCAUAAUCCUAAAAAUCAUCAAUUUCAAGUUUAAGAAUUUGCGUACACAUGGUCUGAGUACCUACAACAAAUGGAUCGAUGUACCAUACGCCGUUCCUGAAAUAAGUUUCUCUAAAUUACAAGAAUCCCUACCAGUGGAAGUUCUCAAGAUGGAUAAUGAAUCAAUAAAACUUUAUAAGGAAGCUUUGGAAACCGGAAAAACACGUGCUUAUACCAUUCGAGUUAUGGUAGUAGGGCAUAUGGGUGUUGGUAAAACAACCCUUACUAAAAGACUUUUUGGUGAAAAUGUAGAUGUUUCAUUGGACAAUAAAAGUACGAAUAGCAUUGAUGUUCAUGUGAGAAAAUGCAAAGUCAUAUUAAAAGAUGGCAAUUGGUUAUCUCUGACUGAUGGUGAUUCUGAAAGAAAUCAUAACAGCCAUAUUGUGUCGGAAUUGUUGAAAUGGUCCAGGGAAAAACACAUGAAAAGCAAUGAAGAUACAUUGCAGUCGCAUCAAAAUGAAGCAGAAACGACACAAAACCGGCAAGAAGAACUAUUGUAUACUAGAACUCGCGUCGAUGACGGGAAAAGAGAGGUGAAUGAAACCGUCACAAAUUAUGAGAAUAACGGCACGAGAUCUGAAGAAAAAAGCUUCAGUCCUGAGUGUGACCGGGAAGAGGCCAGGAAUCUUGAGUUCAUGACACUGAUUCAAGAUACAGUAAUAGGAAGUAUGAAUGAGUCAAAUGUGACCGAAGAUACCGCAGACCUGUCUGUCUGGGACUUUGCUGGUCAGCAUAUUUUUUAUGGAACUCAUCAAAUAUUUCUAUCAAGAAGAGCAGUAUAUCUCCUGGUCAUUGACCUGUCUAAGCAUGUUGACAGUGUCGUUGAAGAUGACUGUUUUAUUGGCACGGACGGAAAAAAACAAUAUAAAAUUUCAGAAUUUGUAAAGUUUUGGCUGAACUCAAUACAUACAUACUGUCCAUCGAGUACUUCUAAAGAACCACCUGUCAUUUUGGUUGGUACAUUUGCCGAUAAACUGGGCAAGGAAAGGGAAAAGCAUGCAGACAAAAUUUUUUCUGACUUGAGAGAAAUGCUUACGGAUUUUGAAGAAUUAUAUGAGCACUUGACGCCAGGGGACAUUCCAAUAGAUAACUCAAUUAAAGACCGAAAAUGUUGAAGUGCUUAAAAAGAGGAUUGUGGA